AUGAAAGGCAUUCACUCUUUGGCUGGUCUGCUGCUCUUGAUUAUUGUUCAAAACAGCUGGCAAAUCCCAAUUCAGGAGACAGAAGACAACUCCAGGUAAUACACACUUUUCGAUGAACCCAAGGAACUUACAAAUGCGAAGAGACAUUCGCAAGGAACAUUCACCAACGAUUAUAGCAAAUAUUUGGAGACAAGGCGGGCUCAAGACUUUGUUCAGUGGCUGAUGAACUCUAAGAGGAGCGGCAGCCCGACGAGACGCCAUGCCGAAGGCACCUACACCAGUGACGUUAGCUCCUAUCUGCAGGACCAGGCGGCGAAAGAGUUUGUCUCUUGGCUGAAGACCGGCCGAGGGAGAAGAGAUUUUGCAGAGCAAAGCAGUGAGGCUGAUGUACAGCACAGAAGACACGUAGAUGGGAGCUUCACCAGUGACGUAAACAAGGUUCUAGACAGCAUUGCUGCUAAGGAAUAUAUACUCUGGGUCAUGAACUCUAAGCCAUCAGAAGCAAGGUAA